UUUGUAAAUUGAUUGACCUCUGAAUCAGCUGCCACUAAUUCACUCUUCCUGUAAAACGCUGCAACUCGUCUUCUCCAAAUACCUCGAAAAUGGCGGCACUAAUCAUCUCCUACUCCAGAAAAUUCUUCCGACCGAAGCCAUUUUUACACGGCAUUCAAGCUUUCCGAACAUCUGCUGCUACUGCUGAUGCUAAACAAACUGGUCUUUACGGUUUCUCUCAUUUGAAAACUCCCAAAGGUUUCCAGCGUUUCGUCGACGAUGCUAUCGAACGGUCUGGAGAGCUCAUCAAUUACAUUUCUACUAUGCCUUCAUCUGCUGAAAUCAUUCGCGCUAUGGAUGAGAUUUCCGACACUGUUUGUUCAGUGGUGGAUUCAGCUGAGUUAUGUAGACAUACUCACCCUGACAGGGAAUUUGUGGAGCAAGCUAAUGUUGCAUCCAUGAGAAUGGAUGAAUAUCUACAUUAUUUGAAUACAAAUCACUGUCUGUAUAAUGCUGUGACAAAAGCUGAGCUAGAAGGCAACAUCCCCAACUCAGAAACCCAAAGGGCAGCCCAUUAUUUACGUGUUGAUUUUGAGAAGGGAGGCAUCCAUCUCUGUAGUGAAAAAUUAGAACGAGUUAAUCAGCUCAAUGUGGAUAUUGCGCAACUGUGCCGCAAGUUCAAUGCAAAUAUUGUGGAUGAUCCUGGUUAUGUAGACAUAUAUCCUGCUAGCCAUAUUCCAAAGCGUAUGCACCAUCUUGGUACACCAAUAUAUUCUCCAGCUGGAUUAUCAAUAAAGGGUUUGGACGUCAAAGAAAAGGGAUAUCGAAUUCCAACAGAUCCCGUAUCACUAACUUCUAUUCUACAGUGGGUGCCAAAUGAAGAGGUGCGAAAACUUGCAUAUAUUCAAGGAAACUCUGCACCUCAUGCAAAUCUCAAUGUACUUGACAAGCUAAUAGCUGCUCGUCAUGAACUGGCACAGAUAAUGGGCUACAAGUCUUAUGCUGAAUUUGCAGCACGCCCAAACAUGGCUUCAUCAGCAGAUGUUGUAAUGUCCUUUCUGCUUGAGUUGAGUAGCAUGGUCAAGCCCAAAGCUGAUGAGGAAUUUAGAAAACUCAGAUAUUACAAGCAACAAAGGACUGGACAAAUGCUUGAGGACCUGGAGCCGUGGGAUGAGACGUACUACUCAGCAAUGAUAAAGGCGUCUACCUGUGACUUGGAUUCUUCAGUAAUUGCUUCCUACUUUCCUCUGCUACAAUGUAUUGAGGGUUUGAAAUUGCUGGUGGAGUCAUUGUUUGGUGCAUCAUUUCAUAAUAUCCCUCUUGCUCCAGGUGAAUCAUGGCAUCCAGAUGUUCUUAAAAUGUCACUUCAUCAUCCUGAAGAGGGUGAUUUGGGAUACUUGUACCUCGACUUGUAUUCAAGGAAGGACAAAUAUCCUGGUUGUGCUCACUUUGCAAUUAAAGGAGGUCGACGCAUUUCAGAAGCAGAAUACCAACUUCCUGUUGUGGCCCUUGUCUGCAAUUUUUCCAAUUCAAAUAAUCCAUCAACGGUGAGGCUUAACCACGGAGAAGUAGAAACACUGUUUCAUGAGUUUGGACAUGCUCUGCAUUCACUUUUGUCAAGGACGGAAUACCAACAUUUUUCAGGAACCAGGGUAGCACUGGAUUUAGCUGAAACUCCUUCAAAUCUAUUUGAGUACUACGCUUGGGAUUAUCGAGUUUUGAAGACAUUUGCUAAACACUAUUCAACUGGGGAAAUCAUACCCAAAAAGUUGGUGGAUUCGAUGCAAAAUGCUAAAAUGAUGUUUGCUGCAACUGAAUUGCAGCGGCAGAUCUUUUAUGCGCUGAUUGAUCAAAAGCUUUUUGGGGAACAAGAUUCUACUCCAAGAGAUACUAUUUCAAUUGUUGCAGAUUUGAAAAGGCAAUACACAAGUUAUAAGCAAGUUGAAGGAACACACUGGCACACCCGGUUUAGUCACUUGCUGAAUUAUGGUGGAGGAUACUACAGCUAUUUAUAUGCCAAGUGUUUUGCUGCAACCAUAUGGAAAAAUACAUGUCAAGAGGAUCCCCUCUCGCUCGAAACUGGGACUGCCCUUCGAACAAAGUUUUUGCAGCAUGGGGGUGCUGUAGAGCCAGUUGACUUGUUGAAAGAUUUAGUCGGGGAUGGCAGUAUAAGAUAUUCCAAUGGGGGUGUGAUACCUGACAUAAGAGCACUCUCUGAAGAGAUGAAGCUUGAAUUGAGAGAACCUCCACAUGUUUGCUAGACUUGUAGAAAUGGCAUUAGGAGAUAGUGAUUAUUGGGUAAUGGGUACUGGUGUUUGGAGGUGUUUCCUUCCAUGAGAUCACCAGUUGGUGGUAGAUCCACUGUGAUCAUUCUUUGAGAAGCUGACAUUAUGAUUGUUUUAAUCUAGAUUUUUAAGAAAUCAUCAGAGGCUCAGAGCUAAGGCCUCCUGAUUAGUAGCAAGGGAUAAAAGAGUCCACCUUAUCCUGUUCAGGGGGCUAAGGCUUGGGACAUUAUUCUGGCUACUGCCAAUGUACUCUGUAAACCAAAUUACUGCCAGUAGGGUGUAUUCUGUCAACCAAAUUACUGCCAAUGUACUCUCGAGAAGAAGUGACAUAGUGAAUGCCCCACCAGAGCAAGUUGAGUCACCUGCAUUGAAGAAAUCAGAUUUUUCAAGGAUCUUCGGAUGACUUUGCCAAAGCAAGUAUAACCAACUGAAUUCAAGCUGCAGUAUUCUUUCCACUAAUUGUUUACAUACAGGGUUAGUGCAUGAUGUUUAAGAAAUACUGUAAGACAUAGCUAUUUGUAAAUCGUUGCUUCUUGUCUCAUUCUUGUCUCUCAAUGACUAUUUUUGCUCUCAUUUGCUCAUAAGAGCGAAUUUUGGAACUUAUAAGUUCAUCAGAUGUCAAUUUUGAUACUUUAUUCUAUUUAGAUUUCGUUCAAUAUCGAUCUAGUGAAUUUUUAUUUGA